CAGGAACCUGUUCGUCUCCAUCGCGAAGUGCUUGGCUUUGCUGUGAACCGUCUUCAGUACGCUUUAUUAGCCGAAGCAUGGAGACUCGUUAGCGAUGAUGUUCUCACACCUGAGGACGUUGAUAAGGUAAUGAGAGCAGGACUCGGUCCGCGCUAUGCAAUCCAUGGGCCCCUGCAAACUGUGCACCUCAACGCGAACGGUGUACGAGACUACUUUACCCGGUAUGGCGAUGGUAUUCGACGAGUUCUGGCUGACCAAGGCCCAAUGCCAACGUUCAAAGAAGCUUCUGUCCUGAAGAAACUGGAAAGGUUCCUAAAUCACAGUAUGCCGCUUGAUCAACUCGCAGAGAUGAAAGCACAGCGGGAAAGGAAUUUAGCAAGAAUCGCAAGUCUCAAGAAGAAAAUGGAUUGA